GGAUGCGGCAACCCUGCUGUUCUCUUUGUCAACACACACGCCGGCCGAGCGAGCAAUAUUUUAUGUAAUUGGGUCUGAUCACUGAUCCGAUUCGCGUCCGAAGAGGCGAUAAGGAUGGUCGUGUGCUCCGUGGUCGUCCGCAGGCUGCUGGCCGCCGCCCCCGCCGCCCCCAGGCACGUCUUCACCGGCCUCCGAUGGGUCACCUCCACCCCCGUCAAGUUCAAUGAAAGGAAGUACACGGACAAACACGAGUGGGUGCAGGUCGACGGAAAAAUCGGGACAAUCGGAAUCACACACUACGCUCAGGACGCCCUGGGGGAUGUCGUCUACGCACAACUGCCUGACCCUGGACAGGAAUUCUCACAAAUGGAUGAGUGUGGCGCUUUGGAGAGUGUGAAGGCGGCGAGCGAGCUGUACUGCCCGGUGUCCGGCAAGAUUGUGUCCAAAAACACGGAAGUCGAGGACACGCCUGGACUGAUCAACAAAUCGUGCUACGAAAAAGGCUGGCUGUUCAAGUUAGAGCUGAGCAAGCUGCACGAGCUGGACGGGCUGAUGGACGAGGCUCAGUACGAAAAGUUCCUGAAGACUGACGACCACUGACCCAAAGAGCCGAUUAAUUAAUUUUUAAGCCUCUGUAGUACGAAAAACAACCAUCAGUCAUUGUAUUGUGUGAAACGAAAUGAAAUUGCAGCUUUUGUGGACGAGAAUCUGUGAUAGUGCGAGCUGCUGCUGCUGCAUUUUUUUGCUGUCAAAUGGGUUAUAAAAAAAAUAUAAUAAAAAUCCGUCGAGUCACAGAA